AGAGAGAGAGAGAACAGGGACAGGGAAAUAAGAGAGGAACGUUUUGAUUUUGCUGAGUCCGUUUUUCCAGUUAAGAAAACAAUUGCUUAUAUUAUGAAUACGAAGGACGAAGCAAGCAUGAGUAUGGGGUCGGACCAAGAGAUAGCAAGAGGGGUGGAGGCCCUUCUCCUGUAUCCGGAUCCCACCGGCGCCACCACCUUGAACGACGUCGUUCAGCAGCUGGAGGCCAAGCUUGGGCUCGACCUCUCCCACAAAGCUGGCUUCAUCCGGGACCAUAUCAUCUCCCUUCUCAGCUCACACCAAACUCAAACAACUUCCGGGGACCAUUUUACCCUCCAACACUACCCUCACCAACAAUUCCCUCCCCAUUUUGCCCUCCAAAAUCAUUCUCAUUUCCCUUCCCAUGACCUCAGCUUCUGCCAACACCCCCAGACGCCAUACUCGCAUUCUCCAGUUACGGCUGAUCAACCGCCGCCGCAGGUUCAGCCGCAGCCGGUUGUUGAGAAAGCCCAAGUCUUCUCUCAAAAUGCCGCCACUGUUGCCACCACAGAAGUGCCUAAAGAAAGUGCUCCAGUUGGAACCAAAAGAAGAGGCGGACCAGGUGGUCUGAACAAAGUUUGUAGGGUUUCGCCAGCGCUUCAAGUGAUUGUUGGUGAGCCAGCUUUGCCUAGGACUGAGAUUGUGAAGCAGCUAUGGGCAUAUAUAAGGAAGAACAGCCUCCAAGAUCCAAGCAACAAGAGAAAAAUAAUCUGUGAUGAUGCAUUGCGCUUGGUGUUUGAGACAGACUGCACCGACAUGUUCAAGAUGAAUAAGCUACUAGCAAAACAUAUUACCGCAUUUGAGCCUUCAAAGGAGUCGAACCAAACUAAACGACUGCAAGCUGAUUCCGAGUCUAGAACCGAAAGUGUUGAACCAAGUGCCAGCCCUGUCAUAAUAUCUGAAGCCCUUUCCAAGUUUUUGGAUGCUGGAGGACGAGAGAUGCUAUCAACCGAGGCAGAAAGCCGUGUAUGGGAGUACAUAAAGGUCAAUCAUUUGGAGGAUCCUGUAAAUCCAAUGGUGGUACUCUGCGAUGGUAAGCUCCGCGAGCUUCUUGGAUGUGAAAGCAUAUCUGUGAUGGGGAUACGUGAUUUGUUACUACAUCAUCAUCUAUUUAAACAUUCAUGAGAUCCGGUCAUGUUGACAGGGAGCAUGGGAGCUUGGUCAUCUAUGUUAUCUAUGGUGGUGGAACAAAUAGUUAAGACCUUUUAUCCAUUAUCUAUUUAUUUUUUGUGCAUUGACUACUUUAGAAGCUUUACAAUAGUUGCUUGCACAUGGUAAAGAAUGAAAAUCUAGUAGCAUAGGUCCAUGGCAUUGGCAAUGAUAGAUUUUGUGGUUAUGCUGCCAGCCAUUAGCUUGGAUGUAGGUGUACUUGUUCAUGUUGCUAAAAAACGGACCCAUCUUUCCGAUGCUAACCGUAAACUAAACCGAAUCAGAAACAUUUGCAUCUAGCUAUAUAGAUAGGAGGGUUACAUUGUCAAUAGCUGUUUCUUAAACAGAGUAAUCGAACGAGAAGAAAAAGAAGCUAUCUAAUACAUUGAGAAAAGCAGAACGGUAGCUAUAAACAACAGAGCAAGAACUGCACUUAUGACCUUCUUUUUCCAGGCUUUGGAUGACACCCCCGAGCUUAUAUUGUCCAUUAUGUUUGUCAAGUAUCCGAUUAUUUUCUGCACACAAAUGCAUUAGAAGAUAGGUUGAUUCCAUUAGUGUAAGUGUUGAAGAAAACUUGUAGAUCACUUACUAGCCUGAAUGGUUCCACAUGGAGGAGUGGUUCCAUGAACAUCUCAACAUUCCUGGUCGUAAUCGCCGGAUAUUAUUAUCAUUGGCUUUAUGAAAGAACAUAAAUAAAUAUGAAGCAUGACAAUUA